CGCCCGGCUGAGCAGACGCUGGCCCCAGGCCCGCCAGUCAAGGGGAGGAGCAGGGCCGGGACCCUGCGCUCGCCGAGUGCCCUCCAAGGUAGGGAGCCCUGGCGAUCGCGCCCUGACUCCUGCGGCGCGCGCCUGGGCGCCCCCAGCCCCAGGGGAGACAGCCUCAAUAUGAUGGAAACACCCUUGAACUUGGUGUCCAAAUGAUGAAGGUUUAAGUUUCAGCUCAGUUAGUUUUACGGUGAUCUUGCAAUUCACAAUGACAACAGUAACAGUGACCACAGAAGUUCCCCCAAGGAGUCAGAUAGAAGAUAACUCUGCCUUGUAUGAGUCCAAAGCAGCUCACAUUAUUGAAGAAACCGAAUAUGUGAAAAAGAUUCGAACUACUCUGGAAAAGAUCCGAAAUCAAAUGUUUAAAGAUGAAGUAGGAUGUAACAGUGCAAAUCACAAACUAGAUGCAAAGCGCUGUGGAAGCACUCAAAAUGGCUCUAAUCCUGAAAUGGAUCCCUCCUGUUGCAGUUUGGAUCUGCUCAUGGAAAGGAUAAAAGGAAAAGACCUAAAGCUCUUAGAAGUGAACAAGGAGAACAAAGUAUUGAAAAUUAAGCUGGAAGCCUCCAGAGAAGCAGGAGCAGCGGCUCUGAGAAACGUGGCCCGGAGAUUAUUUGAAAACUACCAAACGCAGUCUGAAGAGGUUAGAAAGAAGCAUGAGGACAGUCAACAGUUACUCCAGGUUAACAAACUUGAAAAAGAACAGAAAUUGAAACAACAUGUUGAAAAUCUGAAUCAGGUUGCUGAAAAGCUUGAAGAAAAACAUCAUCAAAUCACAGAAUUAGAGAACCUUGUCCAGAGAAUGGAAAAGGAAAAGAGAACACUGCUAGAAAAAAAACUGUCUUUGGAAAACAAGCUGCUGCAACUCAAAUCCAACACUGCAUAUGCUAAAAGUUGCCAGGAUCUUCAGAUGGAGAUUUCCCUUCUCCAGGAGCAGAUCUCUCAUCUGCAGUUUGUGAUUCACGCCCAGCAUCAGAACCUGCGCAGCGUCAUCCAGGAGAUGGAAGAAUUAAAAAAUAAUUUAAAGGAACAAGAUGAAAGAAUUGAAAAUCUGAAAGAAAAAGUUAACAUACUUGAAGCCCAGAAUAAAGAACUGAAAACCAAGGUGGCACUUUGGUCUGAAACUCCUAGGACAACAGUAUCUAAGGCUGUCUCUACAAGUGAAUUGAAGACUGAAGACACUACGCCCUAUCUGAUGUUGGUUAGGCUACGGAAAUGAGCUGGCUGGGUGAAGAUCUGAAUGAGAAAGAUCACUGUGUGGGUCUCAUUUGUUCUUUGAAACACAGUCUAAACUUGCAUGUUAAAGGGCUCAAUGGCAGUAUCUAAUGGAAUUUGUUAUACAUCAAUAGCCCUGCAAGAAGAUAACAUUCCAGGAAAUCAAACAAAUAUAUAUUCAAGAGAAGGAACUCUCUUCAAAACUUAUGAACUGGGUGAAUCGACCAGGUUCUUUCCCAUGAGGGAAGAUGGAUUUUGCUUUAAACUUAAAAAAAUUUUCCGAAUCUUUUUUGCUGAAGGGAGUGGUUUAAGGUUGUCAACUUUGACCUUUUGAUGGCGGUUUUUAUGUCUAUAAAUAGGAAGAAGAAUGAAUAUGUGUAUGAAUAAAUGAUGUAUUUUGAAGUUGGCUUUUGGAUAAUAAGAAAUAUCUUAUCAUGAUAUAGGCUCAUCUCCUGGCCCAUGGUGAGUGGGAGAGUUAUUCUUUACUGAAUUAUGGACAGGAGGAGUAAGUUCUUUUUAGCUAAUUCCCCAAACCACAAGACCCUCCAAAGUUGAGAAUCAUGGCUGCCUCACCCACACCUUAGGGAGCCCCUGUUCUUCAGCUGGGAUUGAAAAUUAGUUGCUAGAGGCAACCCAUAUGUAAGCACAAAGGAAGGCACUUUGUGAUUCUGACUUUGUGACUAAUUUUGUUUCCAAUAUUCAUCAUAUUAUCUCAGCAUGAUAUUUAGGGGGAAGGAUAGAACACAAUGCUGGUAGCUCAUACCUCCAUAAAAAUGUAUUUAUUAUGGGUUCAAAGGAACAGUGGCUGCUGUCUGCAGCCAGGAAGACUCUGAAUUCAUGGAUUGGAAUGAUGUAUCUAGUGCUUUUGGGAAAGUGUGCUUAAGGUUUGAUACUUGCGUUCAUUACAGGUACAGUUUGUGAUUGCUAUGGCUAAAACCAAACUCUAGCUGUAGAAAUGCAAACUGCCGACACUCGGGAAAGCAGAACGCUCUUCAACUAGAGGAAUAAUGGGAGACCUUAGUCACCCGAAAGAGUGAAUAACUUUUAAGCCUUUUGAUCAUCCUCUCUGAUGUAUAACUCUAAACAUUUUUUCAGGAAAGAUGCUUCAAGCCUUUCAAAUGGAAUGUGAAAUAUCAGUAUUAUCUAUGAAAUAUUUAAAGGCAUGUACACACGAGAGGAAGUAAUGUCGUAUUUAUAAAUUCAUCAAAGUCCUGUAAUCCUUGAGAUGUUGUAUAAGCAUAUGUAUGAGUUUCUUGCUUCAUGUUUUUAUUGCUUGCUGGUUUUUUUAAAGAUGUAGUCUAAUAACAUCUAGGGCACAGUUUCCCUAUGCCAGGAAUACUUACCUGUCUUAGUGCCUUAAAUCCUCCUGACAGCUGUCAGAGGCAGGCCACAUGAUUAUCCCCAUUUUCCAGCGGAGGAUACAGUGAGUGGUUAAGUAAUUUGCACUACUGCCAACUCUGGAACAAAGAUUUGAACCUAUUUGGCUGUCAGUAUUCCUUCUACCUGCUCACUCGGUGGUCUGAGCUAUCUCCCAGCUAUAGACAUGCCCCUCCUUUUGCUUCUUUAACAAACACAGCAUCCUUGUGGGCUCUCUGCAUUAUCCUAUGGAUGACAGUCAGAAGCAGCCCUUACUAAUAAAGUAAAUAUUUUGCUGAGAGGAGUUGGCCUUUCACCUGUUGCACGACUGUCCUGAGAAUUUAGUUCAGAAAAACCUACCUGCUAAAAAUCUGCUUCCUUUAUAUUUAUUGUUUAUGACUUUGUACCACAUUGAAGAUAUUUUGGUCAUACAUUUUCAGGCACAUUUGUAGGGAGAUUGGGCCCCUGAAUUCUGCUUCCAGCAUUUGCAGUGUGGCAGGAGAAUUCAGCUUUCACUGGGAGAUCACUUUGGUUCCUCUUAGACCUCAAUUAUCGUGCUGGAUUGUGAUAAACAUGAGAUUUGGGGAUGGAUCCAUCCAACUGAGCUAACAACCAAGAUGAUUUCCAUGUAUUCUGAAGUCAAAAAUAGAAAGACACUCUUGGAUUUUAUUUUGGUUUCACUAUCCUCAUUUUUGAACGUGUAAGUGGAGUUGGAUGUAAUACAGAUAGGAUCUGCUCAUCUGGUCCCCAGGUUCACUUUGGAGCGGUCUUUGUAUCUCCUGAGAAUAAGAAUAAGCAGUUUCAGAAGCCUAGAAAGAUCUGAACCCUUCAAAUACAAACGUAUCUUUUUAGUAGCACCAGCAUCAUUUGUUUGUCAUAUAUGGAUUAUUUUCUAUUUCCUUAUCAUGUCGGCUUUUAUCAUUUGAAAUGUUUUUUAAACAUUUCUGAGUGAUGAAACAAAUGACUACAAUGGAGAAUGAAAUUUAUUAGUCUAAAAAUUGUACCAUACAAGACAUACAGGAAAAGAAACACUAGUUCUGUUGUAGCCUAAAUAAUUGUACUUAUAAUUAUCCUAAUCAAUAUAUUGGAUAAGGAGGUCUGAGGUGGGCCUUGAAGUGAAUACAUGGAAGUGGGAAAUGAAACUUAGUUUCACUUUGAUUACAUGUAUUGUUACAAAUUAUCAUCAAGCAAUGUUUAAACAAUUCAUGUAGCAUAUCCUUUGAAUAAUUUGCUUAUAAUAUGCCUUACAAUAAAGAAAAUUGUUGUCAUAUUUUGUAAAUUUUUUUGUUUUUAUUUCUUUUUACA